GCAAAGCCUAAUCCCUUUUAUCUUGGAUGGUUGGACUCGCUUCAACAAAGUCUAUUCGUCCACCGCCUUCAAGGUAUCAUGACGAUUUUAUAGAGGAAGGUAGCCUAGGUCGUGGAGGGUAUGGCAAAGUGGUCCAAUGUGUGUUCAAAAUGGAUCAAAAGGUGUACGCUGUCAAAGGAAUUUUGAUGACCUCUGUAGACCCUCUUCUUAUGCCAUCAACUGCAGAGAUUCUCACAGAAUUUUGGAAGAUGACAUUAGGGUUGUUAUUCGGGAUUGGAAGAACAUUCCGAAGAAAGAGAGCUUCUUCGCUUGAUAUUCUCUCUCCCAAACGAGCUCCCAGAGACUUUUACAAGGGAAAAAACUGUAAACCUCCUGGUUUCCACACUCGUAAAGCCAGAUAAAUUGCCAAACUACGUAGUCCCUGAUUUGACUGGCUUUAAGGUUUUUAUUCUACCCUAAACUCUUCUGUUACUUUUCUUUGAUUCCUCGAUAUUGAACAUGAGAACAAAACAAUAGUGAAUUCCUUCGGAUAUCUUUUUACAAGUCGUAAACUUGUAAUGGUUUGAAGCUCCUUAGGUUUGUGAUCCUGAUGAUCUUAUUCGUUUUAGGUUGUGUUAGGAACCUGAAAUGGAAUGCUUACUUCUUGCAUUAACCUUGUUGUGUUUUGCAUGCCACCCUAAAUUCUUCUGUUCCUUUCCUUUGAUUCCUCUAUAUAGAUAGCCGAGUAUGUAACUUGCAUCCUAAUUGAACAUUAGAACAAAUUCCCUUUUUAAACCGUUUACAUGUCUUACUAUUCAAAGCUCCUUAAGCAUGUGUGAUCCUGACGAUUUUUUUUCCGGUCUUAAGUUUUGUGUUAGGAACCUGAAAUAGAAUGCUAGCUUAAUGUAUAACGCAAGCUUUGUUGUGUGAUCUAGCUUUGCUGAUGGAACAUUUGUAUUUUAUAGCUGAAACCAUAUGUAUCUCAGUGCCCUUUAGACGUCAACAAAACAAACGAGUCAACUGAAGCUUCCAAGUGACGAAGUUAGAAGAAACAUGUUUUUAACUUUGAAGUCUUCAUUAGCUUAAAGUUAAGGACUGUGUUAUUCUAUCAUCCUUAGAUAUCUUUUGUUACUCAACAACUCCUAGCAAGUUAUUUCGAGAUUGAGUUAAUAAAAUAAAAACUUUGAAUUGAAUCC